GCUUCUUCUAAGGGCCACGAGAAGAUCGUUCAGAUGCUGCUCGACAAGGGUGCCGACUUGUUAGUACCUAAUAAGGACGGAUGGACGCCACUGCACGGAGCGGUCACAAAGGACCUAACAACGGCGAAGCUUCUACAAGAGGCGGGAGCCGAUAUCCAUACUCGCAGUAAGGAUGGCCAUACACUACUUCACGAAUCAGUGUCCUCUAGUCAACUAGAAACUACCCAGUGGCUCGUUAGCCUUGGACUAGGUUUAAACGAGGUCGAUACCAUCGGCCAGAGUCCGCUCCACCUCGCGGCCUCGAACGAUUGCCUAAAUAUCGCAACGUUUCUACUAGAAAAUGGCGCCUUCCUCGAUCUAUCAGACAUUAUUAGCCGGACUCCACUACACUGCGCGAUCCAUACCGGCAGCAAUGUGACUUUAAAGCUACUACUCUCAAAAGAAGCAAACCCCCAUCUCCUCGACACGUACGGGAAAAGCGCCACCGACUGGAUACAUUAA